UAGUGAGAGGAGCCAGGUUUCGUUUCUCCCAGAGUGACUGGUGGGGUGGCGUCUGUGCUUCCGCCUGUGUGACUGCAGUCACUGUGAGCACUGCCUUACUUUCUGUUUCUGCUGUUUAUAUAGCAGCAGCAGGCUUGUGUAUCUCCGUCUGCGGCUCAGCAGUGCUCUCAGCUACAGCUUGGCUUGAUCUGAACGUCGCUGGAUGAAAUUAACUCUAGGUGAGGAAAAAUGAGCGCAGAAGUGAAAAAAAGCCUGAGGGUCUUCAAUGAUUACAUCGUGACUAUCCUGAAACCUUCUUAUGUGAUGGGACACAUGACACACUGGAUGGCACAAAGCAUCACAGAGAAAAUUGUUGCUGAGGAGAAAAAUGGAGCCACUGCAGCUGCACAAAUGUUCAUGGAGAAAUUACUGGAACUAGAAGAUGAAGGCUGGUUCCAAGGAUUUAUAGAUGCACUAAAGGCGACAGGGUAUAUUGGUCUUUCUGAAGCAGUCGAAAAAGCAAAUUUUGAAAGCAUCGAACGACUACAGGAGUCCAAGAAUAUGUUAAAAGUCAUAAACAGCACUGUUAAAAAUAACAUCAAACCAGAAGAACUUCUAACACACUUGGGUUCCUGUCUCCUAGAUAGAGAGAUUGAGGAGAUUACUCAGGAAACGAGACUGAAAGGUUCAACAGCUGGGGCUGAGAAACUAAUUGAGUGCCUCUACCGAUCAGAUAAAACAGAAUGGCCUAAAGUUUUCACUCUGGCUUUAGAACAAGUAAACUGUUCACAGGUCCUUGAGAUAUGGAAACCCGAAGGAGAUUAUAGAAAAAAACAUGAAUCAGUGGAAGAAACAGAAACAGAAGGAGCUAGUGUUUUUGAGAUGAUACAGUACUCAGAUGAGGCAGAGCCUGAAAACAAAUGUCUCUCAGCUCCUGCAGUGUUGGACUAUGAAAACGCAACCAAAAGUGUUACAAUGACCAGUUCUGUCCCCAAAUCAGUUCGAAAUAUGGAGCUGAGAAAGUACCAGAUAGAAUUGGCCCAGCCUGCAUACAGCGGCAAGAAUGCAAUCAUAUGUGCCCCAACAGGAUCAGGGAAGACAUUGGUGGCAUUGUCCAUUUGUAAACACCAUCUAAAAUCCAUUCCAAAAGGGCAAAAGGGGAAGGUUGUGUUUAUGGCCACAAAAGUGCCCGUGUAUGAGCAGCAGAAAGCAGCUUUCUGUCAGUACUUCGAAGACACUGAAUAUUCUAUCAUUGGGAUCUCUGGAGAAGAAAGUGAUCUACCCGUUGGGUUGGUCAUAGAGAAUAAUGACAUCAUCAUUCUAACCCCUCAGAUUCUUGUCAACUGUCUUAAUAGCGGCUCUGUACCCUCUCUUUCCAUCUUCACCAUGAUGAUUUUUGAUGAAUGUCACAAUACAAUAGGGAACCAUCCCUACAACGUAUUAAUGUUUGCCUACUUGGAUCUAAAGCUGAGCUCCCCAAGCCCAAAACUACCUCAGAUAAUUGGUUUAACAGCCUCUGUGGGCACUGGGAAGUCACAGAGGAAAGUGGAGGUUGUGGAGUAUAUCCAUAAACUGUGUGCUAGUUUGGACGUUAAAGUCAUAUCUACCGUCAAAGAAAACGUGGAGGAGUUGCAGAAAUUUAUUUGCAAACCAGAGAAAUUUAUUCUGGAAACAAAACGUCGUGAACGGGAUCCAUAUACUAAUAUUAUGUCUGAAAUCAUGGCUGAAAUUGAGCAGAUGGCAAAAUCGGUGUAUCCACCUAUUGUAAAUAUGUCAAAUAUGCAGAACCGGACUUUUGGAUCUCAGCAUUAUGAGCAUUGGAUCAUUGACGUUCAGAAGAAAUGCCGCACAUUACAGCUGGAAAAUAAAGUGGAGGAGAGUCGUAUCUGUAGUGCCCUGUUUACAUACACAGAGCAUUUGCGGAAAUUCAAUGACUCUCUCAUGAUUAAUGAGGACGCUCGCACUAAAGAUGCCUUGUAUUAUUUGGAGAACUUUUUUACCGAUAUCAAAAAUGGAACUUUUUCCGACAUUGAACGUGAGCUGGCAAAGAAAUUUGAUGACAAUUUGCCAUUAUUGGUGAAAAUUGCAGAAGACAAUGAAAAUCCAAAGCUAGAAGAGCUAGAGUUUAUUUUAGGAGAGUUCUACCAUAGCACUCCGGAGACGCGCACACUGCUCUUUGUGAAGACCAGAGCAUUAGUGGCGGCCCUAAAGAAGUGGAUUGAAGAGUCAAAAGCAUUGAGCUUCUUGAAGCCAGAAAUGCUGAUUGGAAGGAAUAAGAGACAAGAAAACACAGGGAUGACCUUUCAAAGUCAGAAGGGAGCUCUGGAAACAUUUAAAAACUCUGGUGAGAGUAAAUUGCUGAUCGCUACAUCUGUGGCUGAUGAAGGCAUAGAUAUACCUGCAUGUAAUCUUGUUCUCCUUUAUGAGUACGUUGGAAAUGUCACCAAGAUGAUCCAAGUCAGAGGUCGAGGAAGAGCAAAGGACAGCAAGUGCUAUCUUAUCACAAGUAAGAAGGAGCAGGCAGAGAAGGAGAGAUACAACUUGUUACGUGAGCAGUUGAUGGAUGAAGCUGUUGCUCAGUUACAGAAAGAGCACACCGAUGAUUUUCUACAAUGGAAUCUUCAAUUACAAAGAAACGAGAAGAGGCUCCGUGACAUUACAAAACAAUACAAAGGCCGGGAACUUACAGAGGAAAACAAAAAACUGCUUUGUGGUAGAUGCAAAACUUUUGCAUGCAACACAGAGGACAUAAGAAUAAUACAGGUUUCCCAUCACACUGUUAUUACCAGAGACUUCAAGGACAGAUUUAAUACCAAACCACAUUCAAAGCCACAUGCAUUUAUGGGCUACAAGAAGCUGUAUAAAAUUUUCUGCAAAUGCGGAGAGGACUGGGGAGUCUCGGGCAACUAUCUCACCUUCUCAAACAUACCACUUAUCAAAAUUGAAAAGUUUGUGGUACAAAAUGCUGAUGGGACUCAGAAGUAUUACAGGAAGUGGGUGGAAGUUGAUUUUAAAAUGAAGGAAUUUAAACAAGAAGAAAUACAAGAAUCCUUCUCUGCUAACGCAGAGUGAAGACAAAAUAACACCACAGUGGUGAAAUAUGGUAGAUUUGUACUUUACUGGCAACCUAAUGUUAUAUUGGUAUCCACUGAUGGUAGCCAGACUGACGGAAGCCUUCUCAUCAGAAACACAGCUGUAUAUACAUCUAAAUCAAUAAUUAUAGGUCUACUUGGACAGAUGACUGGGGAGCUACACCAGCCAGUUUACUGAUCUAGUAGAACGUGUCAAUUUCCUGGGAUCUUCUAGAAGAAACCAGGACAAGUUAUUUUAUAAAUUGUUUUAAUGAGCAUGUGCUGGGUUUGUGGGUUGAACUUCUUUCUGGAUUCAAUCUCAAGCAACCGGGAAAGUUGAUUCAAUGCAACAUUAUGCUGCAAGAAGAUAAAAAAACAUCCAUGCCAGUAUGCUAAAGAAAUCUGGAUAUGUUGAAUAUAGCAGCCAUAACAAUACUGACCCUUCUGCACACAGUUUGCCAGUUCAAUCUCAAUUAGGCCUUUGAGAAACCGCAGAUUCUGGUGAAAUGAGAAUGCAUUCACAAUUAUGGGAAAAUAAUGUGUGAUGAUAAUAAUAUAAGUUCUAUACUCUUGAGUGAGAAAACACCAAAUGUUUAUCAAUAUUCAGUGUACAGUCAGAUAAAUAUGUUGAUUAAAUACUUAUAGCAUAAAUACACUUUCAUUAUAUCAUAAUACUUAAUAAAUGAAUAUGGAAUCUGA